AUGGUGGGUGUGUUGGCACGUGAUUUGCUCCAUCCUUCACUAGCAGAGGAGAAAAGGAAAUGUAAAUUGAAGCGUUUGGUUCCAUCGCCGAACUCCUAUUUCAUGGACGUAAAAUGUGCUGACUGUUUAAAGAUACAGGUUGUAUUCAGUCAUGCCCAAACUCCUGUCGUAUGUCCAGGAUGUGAUAGGAUCCUUUGUACACCCACUGGUGGGAAAGCCAAGCUGACGUACGGUAGAGUCGAUAAAUGUAUGAUUGCACGGGUGUACAACUUGCAUUCUAAACAGGAAUCAGCUACUUGGAUUAUCUGGCUUUUGUUGUGGGGUGCGAAGUGGAGUCUGGAAGUUGGUGAGUUGCAAUUCCGACGCCUCUGCGGUAUCGUUUUCUAUUUUACUCGGGAAUAA